GCUACAAAUAUUAACAAUAAGCAGCGAAAUGGCCAAAAAACUCAAAAUUAGCGCAGAAAUCCAACCGGAAGAUCUGCUUAUAAAUGACCAGGUGAUCAUGUCCAUGCUCAAGGAGCAUAACAUUGAGAAGGACGAGCCUCACGUCGUCAACACACUGCUCGAGCUAGCCAAAUGUACGUGCAGCAAAUGCUAUAUGACCAAUGUGUUGAAUGAAGCGAAAACCAUCGAUGUAGACGAUGUUCGCUUGGCCACUAACCUGCCGCCGGACGUGAACCUGGACAUGGACAUGGACCUGGAUAACGAGGCCAGCACUAGGAAGGGUGUAAAGCGUAAACACCAGAAAAUGGAGUAUUUUUAGUUUACAACGCUUUACGAAUACAUAUCUAAAACAUCACAAGUACUGUCAAAUUGUGAAUAAUAUAUACUAAAAUAUUGACCGAAUUUGAAAACUAGAUUAUUGGAACACGAAAGAUGGAAUCACCUCCGAAGAUUGCUAAGAUUGGUAAUUUCUUGGCUAAGCCUAUAUCUCCAGCACUAGAGUCACAAAAUUGAGAAGAAAUUUAACCAGUAAUAAUAAUAGUUCGUACAUAGAAGACAAGCGACACUACUUCAGGCUGGUUCGAUUACCUUCAUUGUUAAACCAAUUACUACAACAGA